CCCCAGGAUGCCGUGAAAUUGCCCUACACCUUGACAUCCGGCACACGGCAGUAUCUAAUUUCUCUUGGUGGACAUCAUCUUCGUCUGAACCGCGAUGCCGCCUCGUAGAAGAGCGCCGAUCUCUGCGGCCAAUCUGCGAUCUGCGCAACCUUCAGAGGCCGCAGCAUCUGCGAAGCCUGGAGCCACCGAUCCCUCUUCUAAACGGAGACGCCCAUCUCAGACUGCGCAGCCCUCCAAACCCGAACAGCCGCCCCCGCCACCAACUGCGGAGCAACAGCAGCAAGAACCGACAGAGGAGCAUUCGCAUUCGUCCUACCGCCACCGCGAUCCAUUCGAUGCGCUUCUGCAGCCGUUCUACUAUAACAAGUCCCUCACUGAUCCGAUCAAUACCGCAAAAGACAAGUGGAACCUCCUGCCGGCGUUCCUCAAGGUCAAAGGAUUGGUGAAGCAGCACAUUGACUCAUACAACUACCUCGUCGAAGUCCAGUUAAAGAAGAUCGUGGAGUCCAGCUCCACGAUUCGCAGCGAUGUCGACCACACCUUCUACAUCAAGUUUACCAACAUUUACCUUGGUUUCCCGCGCCGUGCGGAUGAGCCGCAGGAUGCCCGGGCCGACUUCACGUAUUCGACCGUAUCCCCGCAAGAAUGUCGCCUGCGUGAUACAACGUACGCGGCCCCCAUCCAGGUCGAUUUCGAGUACGUUCGUGGUCGUCAAAGGGUCAUGAGGAAGGGUGUUGCCAUUGGCAGAAUGCCGGUCAUGCUGCGGAGUUCCAAAUGUGUGUUGGCCAACAAGACGCCGGCGGAGAUGUCCGUGUUGAACGAGUGUCCCUUGGAUCCUGGUGGUUACUUCAUUGUGAAUGGAACUGAAAAGGUCAUUCUUGUUCAAGAGCAGUUGAGCAAGAACAGAAUUAUCGUGGAAACAGACCCCAAGAAGGAGAUCGUCCAGGCGUCUGUCACGAGUUCUUCCAACGAGCGAAAGUCGAAGAGUUAUAUUGUCCUCAAGAAAGACAAGCUCUACGUGAAGCACAACGUGCUCAGCGAAGAUAUUCCCAUUGUCAUCCUCCUGAAAGCGAUGGGUAUCCACACCGACAAGGAGAUGAUGCUACUGGUCGCGGGUGUCGACAAGGUCUACCAGGAAGACUUCGCGAUCAACUUCGAGGAAGCGAUCAAUUUGGGAAUCUACACGCAGCAACAGGCCCUGGAUUGGAUCGGUUCACGGAUUAAGAUCAACCGCAAGCAGUCGCCGACCUACCGCCGAACCCAUGUCCAAGAAGCUGUCGAGGCCAUCGCUUCUGUCAUUAUCUCCCACAUCGAAGUGAAGAACAUGAACUUCCGGCCCAAGGCUAUCUAUGUUGCACACAUGGCACGUCGUGUGCUCAUGGCCAAGAACGAUGCCACCCUGGUUGAUGACCGUGAUUAUCUCGGAAACAAGCGUCUGGAACUGGCUGGUCAAAUGCUGGCGUUGCUAUUUGAGGAUCUGUUCAAGAAGUUUUGCUUCGAUAUUAAGAUGAACAUUGACAAGGUUCUGAACAAGCGCAACCGUGCCGAGGCUUUCGAUGCGUACAGUGUUAUCACCAUGCACAGCAAUCACAUCACCCAGGGUAUGAACCGUGCUAUCUCGACAGGCAAUUGGAGUUUGAAGCGUUUCCGCAUGGAGCGUGCUGGUGUGACACACGUGCUUAGUCGACUGAGUUAUAUUGCGGCACUGGGUAUGAUGACGCGUAUUAGCAGUCAGUUCGAGAAGACGCGAAAAGUCAGUGGUCCUCGUGCGCUGCAGCCUUCACAGUUUGGUAUGCUGUGUCCAGCAGAUACUCCAGAAGGUGAGGCUUGUGGUCUCGUCAAGAACUUGGCACUCAUGACCCAUAUCACCACGAACGACGAAGAGGGCCCCAUCAGAAACUUGAUCUUCAUGCUAGGCGCCGAAGACAUCCAGACCGUCGGUGGAAAGGAGCUCUAUGGACCCGGAUGUUACACGAUCUCGAUCAACGGUACGCCCACCGCGCUCACUCGUCGGCCGAAAUACUUCCUGGACGCGUUCCGCCGACUGCGUCGCAUGGGUCGGAUUUCCGAGUUCGUCAGCAUUUACAUCAACCAUCACCAGCGGGCUGUUCACAUCGCGACUGACGAUGGGCGGAUUUGCAGACCGCUUAUCGUGGUCGAAAAGGGUAAAUCUUGCGUGAAUACUCAGCAUCUCGAGAAGUUGCGGGAUGGAUCGAUGGAGUUCGACGACUUCCUUGCCCAGGGAUUGGUCGAGUACCUUGAUGUCAACGAAGAAAACGACUCGUUGAUUGCCAUCUAUGAGAAAGACAUCACCGAUACAACGACUCACUUGGAGAUCGAGCCGUUCACGGUUCUCGGUGCCGUCGCCGGUCUUAUUCCUUACCCCCACCACAACCAGUCGCCCCGUAACACCUAUCAAUGUGCCAUGGGUAAACAAGCUAUUGGCGCGAUCGCAUCCAAUCAAUUCCUGCGUAUCGAUUCGAUCCUGUAUCUCAUGGUGUACCCUCAGAAGCCUAUGGUCAAGUCCCGCACGAUCGAGCUGGUCAAGUAUGACCAGCUUCCUGCCGGACAAAACGCCAUUGUUGCCGUCAUGAGUUACUCCGGAUACGAUAUCGAGGAUGCUCUGGUCUUGAACAAGGGAUCGGUCGACCGUGGUUUCGGACGCUGCCAGGUGUUCCGCAAAUAUGUCACCAACCUUAAGAGUUACUCCAACGGCACCAAGGAUCGCCUCAGCGGACCACAGUAUGAGAACGAUGCGCCGAUCCGGAAGCAUGCUCUCCUGGAGAGCGAUGGUCUCGCUGCAGUUGGUGAGCAGGUCAACGCAGGCGAGGUCUACAUCAACAAGUCUACCCCCGACCAGUCAAUGGCUUCUGGGUUCCCCAGCUCCGACGCUGGUCGGCCCGUCUCGUACAUGCCCACGCCCAUGACCUACAAGCUUCCCGACCCCGCGUACAUCGACAAGGUCAUGGUCUCUGUAACUGAGAACGAAAACCAGCUCGUCAAGGUCCUCACUCGCCAGACCCGCCGUCCUGAAGUGGGCGACAAGUUCUCCUCCCGUCACGGACAAAAGGGUGUCGUCGGUAUCAUUGCUGACCAGGCCGACAUGCCCUUCACCGACCUCGGCAUCAACCCAGACAUCAUCAUGAACCCUCACGGUUUCCCCUCUCGAAUGACAGUCGGGAAAAUGCUGGAGCUUGUGGCCGGUAAAGCCGGUGUGUUGGCCGGACACCAUGGCUACGGAACCUGCUUCGGCGGCAGUCCCGUCCAGGAGAUGUCCCAGAUCCUUAUCAACAACGGCUUCAGCUACGGUGGCAAAGACUAUCUCACCUCGGGUAUCACGGGCGAAGCCCUGCCCUUCUACGUCUUCACCGGUCCCAUCUACUACCAGAAACUGAAGCACAUGGUCCAAGACAAGAUGCACUCGCGUGCCCGCGGUCCCCGCGCCAUCCUCACCCGCCAGCCGACAGAAGGUCGUUCCCGCGACGGUGGUCUCCGUCUGGGAGAGAUGGAACGUGAUUGUCUGAUCGCCUACGGUACCAGUCAGCUUCUGCUGGAGCGACUGAUGAUCUCCUCGGAUCGACACGAGAUCGACGUCUGCGAGCAGUGCGGUUUCAUGGGCUACCUGAACUGGUGUCAACGCUGCAAGUCGUCCCGGAGCGUCGUCAAGAUGGCGAUCCCGUACGCCGCCAAACUCCUCAUCCAGGAACUGAUGAGUAUGAACGUGACGGCGCGUCUGAAGCUCGAUGACGAGUUCCCUGAAAUGAAGGGACGGUGAUCGUCUCCAAUGGUGUAUGGACCGAAAGAAAUGAUCAUGUGAAAUGGCAACCCAAAUCUUACAGGCUGGAUGAGAGAAAAGUUCGGGCGUUUCGAGGGGAUAUUAUUUGAUGUAUAUAUCGGUUUGCAUGCAUAGCGCUCGGCGAUCCGGUCGACUUUUGCUAUAAACUAUUAGUAUCCAAUUACUACUUUCC